AAAAUGUUUCUGAGAUCACAACAAAGCUCAUAUCCAAACACAACUCUUGUCUCUCUCAAUAGAAAAUAUCUUUUGUUGUCUCCCACCUCCCCACCCAGGAUAUGGAUUCUCCCGCUCCCCAGGGUUACAGCCGCAAGGACAAAUCUCUCGGCGUUCUUGUCGCCAAUUUCUUGAUACUGUAUAAUCGUCCCGAUGUUGAUCUGAUUGGGCUCGAUGAUGCCGCCGCGAAAUUAGGCGUUGAACGUCGCCGUAUUUAUGAUGUGGUGAAUAUAUUGGAGAGUAUUGGGCUUGUUGCAAGAAGUGGGAAGAAUCAGUAUUCGUGGAAAGGUUUUGGAGCAGUUCCUCGUGCUCUAUGUGAACUCAAAGAAGAAGGAAUGAGAGAGAAGUUUGGGAUCGUCCCUUAUGUGACCAAGUCAGAGAUGGUCAUUUAUGAGAAAGAAAGAGAAGAAGCUUUCAUGUUAACUCCUGAUGAUCAAGAGUUCUCACCAUCUCCCAAACUUGACAACAAGAAGGAGAGAACUCUCUGGCUACUUGCACAGAACUUUGUGAAGCUGUUUUUAUGCUCUGAUGAUGAUCUGAUAACAUUCGAUAGCGCUACAAAAGCAUUGCUGAUUGAGUCUCAGGAUAUGAAUAUGAGAACUAAAGUUAGACGCCUUUACGACAUUGCAAAUGUGUUUUCCUCAAUGAAGCUAAUCGAGAAGACUCAUGUCCCAGAGACUAAGAAGCCGGCAUAUAGGUGGUUGGGGUCCAAAACCAUUUUUGAAAACAGAUUCCUUACUGGUUCUGCAAGCUUAUGUGAUCGUAAUGUGCCUAAAAAGCGGGCAUUUGGGACCGAACUCACAAACGUUAACGCAAAGAGAAAUAAACCAGGUUGUUCUGAAGACAGCAAGCGUUAUGGAAAACAAAACACAAACAUUGUUAUCAAGCAAGAACAAUGUGAUGUGAAACCGGACGUGAAGAACUUUGCCUAUGGACCAUCCACUCCUGCAGGCACUUGUGAGAUGAAUAAUGUAGGAAACAACAUUAGGCCAAGAGGUCGACUAGGAGAGAUCGAAGCCCUUUCUACUCUAUACCAACCACAGUAUUGCAAUCCUGCACGAGCCUUCUUCAUGCUCUCUCGUGUAACGGACCUAUCAAAGAAGAAGCUAAUCCUUCACCAACCACCACCGUCGUCAUCUCCUCACCGGUUACCUUGUGCUCCGAAUCGUGCGGUGUCUUCCUCCACUGUAAUUAGCUGUCUCAGCGGUGGUGGAGUUUCCUCCGACGAUUCAUAUGUAUCUACUCGUCGGUCUAAGUUAGAUCGAGGUUUCGCUGUGAUCGCGAAUUUGGUGAAUCGGAUCCAGCCGCUUGAUACGUCUGUUAUCUCUAAAGGCUUAUCCGAUUCAGCUAAGGAUUCGAUGAAGCAGACGAUUUCUUCUAUGCUUGGACUUCUUCCUUCCGAUCAAUUCUCCGUUUCCGUUACCAUCUCCGAGAAGCCUCUUUAUCGUCUCCUUAUUUCUUCCAUCAUCACCGGGUAUACAUUGUGGAAUGCGGAGUAUCGUGUAUCACUGAGGAGGAAUUUCGAUAUACCGAUUGAUCCUAGAAAGGAGGAGGAGGAUCAAUCUUCCAAAGACAAUGUUAGAUUUGGUUCAGAGAAGGGAGUGAGUGAGGAUUUAGGGAAUUGUGUUGAGGAGUUAGAGAGAUUGAGUCCUCAGGUGUUUGGAGACUUGUCACCUGAAGCGUUGAGUUAUAUUCAGCAUUUGCAGUCUGAGUUAUCUUCCAUGAAAGAGGAGCUAGAUUCACAAAAGAAGAAAGCUUUACGGAUAGAAUGUGAGAAAGGAAACAAGAAUGAUUUGUUGGAUUAUUUGCGUUCCUUAGAUCCCGAGAUGGUGACUGAGUUAUCUCAACUUUCUUCACCGGAAGUGGAAGAGAUCGUGAACCAACUUGUCCAAAACGUAUUAGAGAGGCUCUUCGAAGACCAGACCACUUCAAAUUUCAUGCAAAAUCCUGGCAUAAGGACUACAGAAGGUGGUGAUGGAACUGGUAGAAAGGUAGACACAUCCAGGGAUUACCUUGCAAAGCUCCUUUUCUGGUGCAUGCUAUUGGGACAUCAUUUAAGAGUCUCAGAGGCCAACGCCUCAAGCCCCUUCGGUUCUCUCUCUGCCGCCGAAUUUUACUCCCGCCACUCCGUCGCCCAUUCCUCCGCCUUUGUCACCAACCCAACCGGCCUCAAACUCUUUACCCAAUGCUGGACUCCACUCAACCGUCCACCACUCGGCCUCAUUGCUGUUGUUCACGGCUUCACCGGAGAAUCCAGCUGGUUCCUUCAACUAACAUCCGUACUCUUCGCCAAAUCCGGAUACCUCACUUGCGCCAUCGACCACCAAGGCCACGGCUUCUCAGACGGUUUAACUGCUCACAUCCCAAACAUCAACCUUAUUGUCGAUGACUGCAUCUCCUUUUUCGACGACUUCCGUAAGCGUCACGCUUCCUUCUCAUCUCUCCCGUCCUUCCUCUACUCUGAAUCCCUCGGUGGCGCAAUCGCUCUCUACAUUACCCUCCGCCAGAAACACCAAUGGAACGGUCUUAUCCUCAGCGGCGCAAUGUGCUCGAUCAGCCACAAAUUCAAACCUCCCUGGCCGUUACAACACCUCUUAACCCUAGCAGCUACUCUCAUCCCCACCUGGCGCGUCGUCCCCACCCGCGGCACCAUCGCUGGCGUCUCUUUCAAGGAGCCAUGGAAACGGAAACUCGCCUAUGCUAACCCAAACAGAACCGUCGGUAAACCACGAGCCGCCACGGCCUACGAGCUCGUACGAGUCUGCGAGGAUCUUCAAAGCAGGUUUGAAGAAGUUGAAGUCCCAUUGAUGAUUGUACACGGUGGAGAUGACGUCGUCUGUGAUCCAGCCUCCGUCGAGGAGCUUUAUCGGAGAUGCAGUAGCAGAGACAAGACAAUAAAGAUUUAUCCAGGGAUGUGGCAUCAGCUAAUAGGAGAGUCGGAGGAGAACGUCGACUUGGUGUUCGGUGAUGUUUUGGAUUGGAUUAUGAAACGAUCUGAAAUCUCCACCAUUGAUGAUAUAAUGAAGGAAGUGGAAGGGAAAGUGAAGUUUUCAAUGGCGGAUUCGACGAUGAUGUUACUUGUUCAACAAGCAAUGGACAAAGCCCAUGAAAAGAUCAAAACCAAACACGGUCUUCUCCUCCGUCUCAAUGCCAUAUCUAUUUUCUACGAGCUAGCUGUGAUACAGCUCGAGAGCUGUCUUAGUUUUGUUCAACAAGAGACCGAUAAACUAGAGAGUAACCACGAGGAAGUGGUUAGGGAUCUGAGAGAGAUUAAAGACAGACUUCACCACCGUCUCUUAGAGACCGAAUUAGCCAUUCUUGAGAAAGACAGACAGUUGUUAGAGAUGUCUGAGAACCAAGAGUCUCUGAGAAACGUGUUGGAGAGUAAAGAAACAGAGUUGGUUCAUUUGCAAGAUCUUGAGAGGAAGAGAUUUCAUAGUAAGAUUGGGGAUUUUAUUAAGGAAGAUGAGUUUUCGGAGCUGAAGAGCUCUGUUGAUCAACAAGUGAUGAAUCUUAGACAAAAGCUUGAGACAGAGUACGAUGAAUUGGGAGGAGAAACAGAGGAUCCUUCAGGGGUUGAUAUUGAUGUUUUGAAAGGGACAAUGGAUCUUGCUUUCAACAAGAUGCAUCACGCGAUAUUCUUGUCGGAAUUGGGUCCUAUUGAGCAGAGUUGGAGAUGGUCUAUAGAGAGAGAUUCAAUGGCGUUACUGAUAAAAGGUUUCAUGAAUGGUUUAGAGGAGAAGAUGGAGAAGGUAAUGAUGGUUGUAAGAGAUUAUGAAUCGGGUUUUAAAGAUCGGGUUUGUUCGAUUCGUAGAGAAGUAGAGUGUUUAGAAUCUCAGUUUGAUCAGAUCAUCGUCCAUAGAUCAUCAUCUCCUAGAUCAUGUGUAGCAACAACAGCAACAAUAUCAUCAUCAUCUUCAAUAGAUUAUGAAAUUAGUGAUGAUAAAGAAGCAAAAGAAGAUGGAGAGGAAGAACAAGAUUCGAGCAAUUUCCCUGUUUCAAAGUUGAUAAAGAGUCAUGAAUCAAUCAUUAGGAGGAAAAGCGAAGAGCUUGCUCCUCCUAAGAUCGAGUCUAUUAAACGACAGAAGAGCUGCAACAGCUCUAGCUCGAAGCGAGCUAUUGAUGAUAUUGUUGCAGGUCUUGAUGGUUUGAUGAGUCUUAACACUAAGCUAUUCGAACAUUUGUUUGAUGAUGAUGAUGGCGAUAGACAUAAGCAUGAUCAGGAAGUAGUAAUGGAUGACAAUUUGGAUGAUGUUUGGAUGAAAAUGCAGAAGAAUAGAUCGGUGUUUUCAGACAAUGCAAUAGAGGAGAAAGAAGAUGCACAGAUGAAAUUAAUGAUAUUGGAGGAUACUUACUUGACUUUGCUCAAAGGUGUAAAAGAAGAUGAGAUCACAAACAAUAGAAAAGCGGAAGAAGAAGAAGAGAUCAAGAGGGAAAAGAUCGAACCCACGAUUAAAUGUAUGGAUUGUUUAGAGAAUUUGAACUGGGAGAAAGAUUAUAAGAUUCUUCUUGAAGAUGAAGAAUUCAGACAAGAACUAAAUUGGAUUAUUGUAACAGAGUUGUUAAGAGAAGUUUCAGAGACUGUGGAGAAUCAUGAAAAGAUUGAAGCAAAUAAUAAACGAGUGAUUGAGGAAGAAGUAAACAGAGCCUGCUUGGAAGUUUCUUUACUCUACGAUGAGUUUGAUUUCAAGAUUCAAGAGAAGUUAAAGAUGGUAACUUUGAGGUUACAAAACUUGGAGAUAAAGAUUGAUUCAACGAUGGAUUUUAUCGCAGAGUUAACGCAAAAAGAAUCAGUUUAUAGAAGAGCUUUUGUUCUUGGGUCUGAGAAUCUAAGAAAGGCAGAAACUGAGGUUGAUCUUCUUGGAGAUCAAGUUGAUUCGCUUGUGAAGACUCUCCAGAAAAUACUUUGGACAUUGCAUCAACAUCCAUUGCUUCUCUCCAAUAACUCAGAUAUCAAAGUGAUGUUCUUCAUUUUAUCAGUGAUCAUGGCGUUGCUUUGUCAUCAUCAAUCCGAAGCUCAAGCGCCGCGGAAACCAAGUCCCGAUGAUUGCUUCUCGUCGAUAAAGAAGGUUCAAGGUUGUGUGGAUGCUGUGAAAGCUGCCACUAAAGGAGAUUUUAAAGGUUUGGGUAAGGAUUGUUGCCACGCCAUCAAUGGCCUCGUCGACGAUUGUUUCCCGAUCAUUUUCCCCGGAAAACCAUACAUUGUAGCACCCGUUAAGGAUGCAUGUGUUGUUAAUUAAUUAUUAGACCAAAUACUUGUUUCCUUGUAACGCAAGACACUCUGCGUAUGGGUAUACGGUAUACCUUAUUUCCUAAGAAACUAUUAUAUAAAUCAAUAAAAUUGCUGUUUGAUU